GACCUUCUCGGCGAGAACGUUAAUGUGACGUGUGCUCAGGUCCCUCCCAUUUGGUUUGAUGGAAACCAGAGGGCAUGUUAUGAUCCCCCAACAUCUUAAUACGUUGGAUUAUAACUGCUUCUAUCUGAAACAUUUGUUGACUGUUACGUAUUGGGGAGCGCGCACAACGUAAAUAAAGUUGUACGCUGGAAUGCUUCGGCAUUUCUCGAUCGGAGGAGGCUGGGAUAAAUGUAAAUAAUGGACAUCACUUGUGAUACUAUAUUAUUUCUUCUGCUCAAUUACCUAUUCCUUGCUCUUACUAGGGCUCAGACACUGAACAUCCUGGCAUUUGAGUACACUCGGAAUUUACAGGAGAUUCCCAACAUGGAGCUGGACAUCGGGCAGUGCGCACAUUACGUGGAGGAGAUCAGUCCAGGAGUCCCCGUGGUCAGGCAAUGCUUUCUGCCGAAAGUCCAAGGACAAAAGCUCGACUCUGCCAAGAACUACGUAUUGAACGAUACACAGAACAUUGAAGUUAAGUCGGCCAGCGACAUCUUUACUUAUGUCGGGCUGUGCGACUCGACAGUCGUCUCUGAACUAGGACUGCUUCACAAAGGGGAGUGUGUGGCAAUUGAAAUCGCAAGCAUGCUUUCAUUCAAUAAAAAGACAUACAUCCGGGCGUAUGUGGAGUAUUACCGACAUAAAGUGGACAUUCUGGAGCUAGAAAACGAUUUUACCGCCUUACUGACGGCGGGUAACGAGAGAGAACUCUACUUAAAGAACCGUAGCAUAGGGACCAUGGAGGUUGUCCUGGUCGAGAUGAAAUUCCACAAGAAAAAGAAGGCGGCUCUGUUAAAGAAAUCACGAUACCAGAGUCUAUCAAUGAGGGAUUGGUUUUCCCAUGCUAAAGCAGUGGCCGGAGAACCGGCCAAUACUAAGAUCGUUCGACUUUCGACAGCCAAACGUGUUAUGGAAGUCAAGAAGUACAAGACUGGUCAGUUGAGGGCUAUAGAGGGCGCGCUGAUGCGAUACGAGGCUGAGAUUCUGGAAACCAGGACGGAGAUUGAACGGGGGUACACGGAGCCCCAUCUGAACUACGCCUUCAAACCGUACCAAACUCAAGCUAAUAUGCGAUCCACAUCAGACCGUAUUUUCUGGGAACAAGCCUCUCUUGUUGAAAUCGACAUCAACAAAUCCAAGAUCCGCCACAAAGCAUUGGACCGAAAAUGUAAGCGUAAUUUUCUGCCGAGCUGUAAACUGAUGAAACCCGUCAAGAAAAAUAUCCGAAGACUGAAGAGGAAAUUUGAUAAAGAACGACGAAUAUGGAGCUCACUCAGUGACAUGCGUAAACGUCAGUUAGUGGAGACAACUCGUAAACAAAUCGACAGCUUUCUACAGGAGCAGACGAAAAUGAAUGGUCAAUUCAAACAAUGGCGAAAACAACAAAAAGCUCUAAAGAAGGCAGAGAGACUCAGACAAAAGAAACUCCGCAAGAAACAGAAGAAAAAGAACUCAAAGAAAGCAAAUGACACAACUAUGAAAGCAAUAUAUUUUCUAGCUUCAACACCACCAUACUGAAUGACGUGUAGCCAUAGUAUUGGAGAAAAUCUGAAUAUAGCAACGGUCAUCUAUUAAACUUCACACGUCCAUUGCAGUGCUUGUACACGUCUGAAAGUGUACGUAAGUGUCGAGACUUCGAGGCUGAAGUGGUACUUAAAACAAUUCAUAUGACAGCUCAGCAAGAAAUAUGAAAAGAAAUGUGCCUUCUGAGGAUUUACAAUAGACUUGUUCUUGCUGUCAAAGCCUUGAAGGCGACAUGUUCUCACGGAAACGUGACUCCUUUGAUUCAUUAGCGAACGUGAUGUGGAACUGUCAUUUUAACUCUUGAUUUGAGUUUCAUUUCUAGGAUGUAUUAUUCACCGAGAUUGUUAUUUUCUGAUUCCCAAAAAAUAUCUCAUUGUUAGUCCUCUUUUUUGAACUGUACAUAGAAUAAUACUGAAAACUUAAGAAAUUGAUAACAUUACUGGUAAAGUAAAAAUGAUUAUUACAAGUUUUAAAUU